UCAUUAUCAUGUCACUGAAGUCAUGGGGGCGGGGUCUGAUUUGCCCAUGGGCCUUUGUGAGUCACUGACAUUGUUACUGGAAACACAGAAUUCUAUAGUGUCGUCUUAUGAACCUGCUCUCUGAACACAAUAUGAUGGCAUUUAACUGGAGCACUUUGACAAAGACAGGUGCCAAGAUCCCAGUGGACAACGAUCAAGCAUCUUGGGAUUGGGAUUCCUAUGACAACUUUUACAAUGAGACGGAUUAUUAUAAUGGCAGCUGCUGUGAAGGUGGUGAAGUGUGUGACCAGGAGGAGGCCAUGCAUUUCGAGGCGGUGUUCAUCCCAGUUCUGUACUCUGUGGCGUUUGUGGUGGGCAUCCUGGGAAAUGGAGUGCUGCUGGGAGUUCUGGCCCAGAGCAAGAAGUGUUGGAGCGUGACGGACACUUUUAUCCUCCACCUGGGUGUGGCCGACAUCCUGCUGCUGGUGACCCUGCCCCUCUGGGCCGUAGAAGCUGCUCAACGGGAAGGCUGGACCUUUGGUACUCCUCUGUGCAAGAUCACUGGGGCUCUUUUUACGAUCAACUUCUACUGUGGUAUUUUUCUGCUGGCUUGCAUCAGUCUGGACCGCUACCUGUCCAUUGUCCAUGCCACGCAGAUGUACUCACGUAGAAACCCUUGGGUUGUCCAGGCCAGCUGCUUCUCAGUGUGGCUCUUCUCCCUGAUCCUGUCCAUCCCCGACUGGAUCUUCCUGGAAGACGAGAGAGACGUGAGGCGAGAAAAAACCGAGUGCAUUCGCAACUACUUCAAGUUUUCUUCUCAGUCAGUUGAUCAGUGGCGACUGGCCUCGCGCAUGCUCUACCACAUUGUGGGCUUCCUGGUCCCUUCAGCUAUCCUGAUCUUCUGCUACUCCUGCAUUCUGCGCCGGCUGCGCUGUGGCAACCAAGGCCUCCAGAAGCAGAAAGCGUUCAGGGUGAUUUUGACAGUGGUGGUGGUUUUCUUCCUCUGCUGGACGCCGUACAACAUCACUCUCUUGGUGGACACUCUUCACACCAGCAACAACACCGACAGCUGUGACGUCAGGACAACUCUGGAUAAAGCCAAAACCAUCACCUCCACCAUAGGGUACCUCCACUGCAGCCUCAACCCCAUCCUGUAUGCAUUUGUGGGAGUGAAGUUCCGGCGUCAGCUCCUCGACAUCUUCAGGUCUCUGGGCUGCAAGAUAAAGACGAGUGCCACACUGAAAUCUGUAGUCAGCAGCAGGAGGAGCUCCUUAUGGUCUGAGUCUGCUGACACCUCCAACUCCAUCGCUAUCUGAGUAACAGAGGUUAAACACGUGAACACGAUCCAGCUGCAGGAGGCUGGAAAAAUAGUUGAUUGUUUAGUUUGACCUGUUUUAGGAUCAAUGCCCUCUGACCUGAGCUCCUCUCAUCAGAUUCGUGCAGACAUGUGCACUUGUUUUAUAAGUGACAGAUGACCCAGAGUGCUUUUCUCCUCCCACAGCCCAAAAACAUGCAGAGGUUAUUUGGACACUUACCACAGUUGUGUAUGUGAUCGUGAAUGGCUGUUCAUCACCACAUUACAUUACAUUACAUUUACAUUACAUGUCAUUUAGCAGACGCUUUUAUCCAAAGCGACUUACAAUAAGUGCAUUUAAACAUUUGGGUACAAAUAAGAUCUAGAAGUAAGUAAGAGCUUCAAGUAAGCCAAACUA